AUGUUCGUACAUCCUGGGGACGUCGCUCCUACCAAGGGAACAAAACGGAAAGCUGCUACCGGGGAGUCCGUCCAUGAAAGCCGACGACCUCUGAGACGCCAACGUAUGGUUGGGUUAGAAGGCAGUGACUCGGAUGCAGAGCCGGCAAUGAUGCAGACACCUGAUGAGGAGGACGACCAGGAUAAGCGGGAAGUGCAACGCCAAAAUCACAUAUUGAACGCCAUCGGAGGAGGACCAAUCCGUUUUGCAGAGCUCGGUGCAUAUGCAGUCGACGAGAUGCGCUCGAACACGACAGCGACAUUUCGCCCAACGACGAUUGAAAAGGACAUCUACGACAAAAUUGGCCACCCAGAUCAUCAAGGACCUUCUCGGUCGGCUUUGAUGAAGGGCGAAGUGCCGUCAGUGAACAUGACGGUCUUCUCUCGAAAGAAUUGUAUCCAGCCGGCUACGAAGGACCCAUCUUACGAGAACCUAAAGGAAGCAUUGAGAAACCUUCGCCAGUUUGGAGGCGGCUUUUACAACGAGAGUACAGUGGACUUCAUUCGCGCGAUUGAGCGCUUCGUAGAGAGCUUUGGCCUGACCUCGGCGAUGCGAAUAAAGGACGAGCUGUCGCUCCAUGACCCCCUGCUAGCCGAGCUCCUGUACGAUGAGCAGAAGACGAUGAUAGCCACGCUCAAGGCGCAACUGGCGGUUAUCCCCUACGAGCAACGCGCAGCCUUACUCAGGCAGUCGGGAAACGCGUCAAGCGAGAACAAGAGGGAUACCGAAAGAUGCAAGUGUUUCUCCACUAAGCGGGAUCAUUUCCGACCUAAGACGCUGCCUGAACCUGUGAAGCAGCACAUUAUCAAGAAUUUCGGAGGUUUGGCGCCCGAGUUCGCGGACCUGUGA